GACACUGUGUCCGUUUGUUGUAGUUUCUCUUACAUGCUCGUCUAUCUCUGAGGUGAUCUAAGACCGUCCUUGUGCCCCACUUACCGGAGUGUUGCCCAAUUCUGUAGCCAUUGACAGAGGCCUAUCUGAGAGCUUCAAAGCUGAGCCUACAACCCCUCCAACUACCCCACUUCAUACAUUCUAUACUAUACCAAACCAUACAUCAACACAAAAUGUCUUCCGAGCCCCAAACAGCCCCCUCGCAAAGCGUAGGCCCGGAAUACCGUCCCGACACCCAAAAGCCCAUUGCAACCGUCUCAACUCCCCUCACCCAGGCCAAUGUCCACAUCCUGCCCCAAACGCCGCAGUUGAUAGCCCUGCUAACCAUGAUCCGCGACAAAAACACCAAUCGAGCAGAUUUCAUCUUCUAUUCGAACCGCAUCAUUCGGCUAUUGGUCGAAGAAGGGUUGAACCACCUUCCCGUCGUUAGCCACGAGAUCACGACGCCGGUGGGGCGGACCUAUGCCGGUGUCAAGUUUGAGGGCAAGAUCUGCGGAGUGUCCAUUAUGCGUGCAGGAGAGAGCAUGGAGGAGGGGCUGCGGAACUGCUGCCGGUCUGUGAGGAUUGGAAAGAUUUUGAUUCAGAGGGACGAGGAGACGUCUAAGGCAAAGUUGUACUAUGACAAGUUGCCCGAGGAUAUCGCCGAGCGGUGGGUGUUGUUGCUGGACCCUAUGCUUGCUACUGGGGGUUCGGCGCUCAUGGCGGUUGAGGUCCUCAAGUCGAGGGGUGUGCCCGAGGAUCACAUUCUCUUCCUGAAUCUCAUUGCUAGCCCUGAGGGUGCGAAGAGCUUCGCAGAACAGUUCCCCAAGGUGAGGGUUGUCACUGCCUUUGUUGACCAGGGUCUGGAUGAGAAGAACUACAUCGUUCCAGGACUGGGUGACUUUGGCGACCGCUUCUACACUAUGUAGGGUAUUUGAGAAUCCUUGCAUCUUCAUCAUGACGACAUGUGGUGGGUGGUUUGGCGUAGGGGUAACCCUCGAUCUAGUCUCGACUUAUAAAAGCAUGAAGGCCUGUGGAAGAUAUAUAGCUGCCCUUGAAGCUUUCACUCAAGAACGGAGUUUUUCCAAUAAGAAUAUGCCAUUUCAGUUGACCUCACCUCGCUGUAACUGACAAUGGAUGAACGGCCAACUUGAAUAA